AUGGGCAUGACCCGUGGCUGGGAGGUGCUGACCAUCUUUCUGGCGCUUAGCUGUAACCAAGUGGCCAUGGCAGAAAAGCUGCUAAAGGAGGCAUCUGGAAAUAAUGAUGACUCUGCGGCCUAUCGGCUGGCGGCCGCUGCCGUGAAGCUAGCGACGGGGGACCCCGAGGAAGCGUACCUGACUUAUUGCGACCUCUGCUCUCAGUUCCCCGCCGUUGAGGGUGAUGAUUCGGGCUCUGGAUCCGUCCUGCUGCAGACUGGCAAGGCUUUGGCCAACAUGCAGCGGGGUAUGUUCUCGGAAGCAGUGGAGGACUUGCAGAGGGCUUUGAGCAGCAACCCCAACGACCCGGAUUCCUUGGUGAAUAUGUGCUGCUGUAUGACUCACCUUGGCAAGAAGGAUGAGUUCCAGCAAUACUAUUCCAAGCUGGAGCAGGUGGCUCCCACCAACCCGUUUGUGCUGAAAACACAGGGCAUGACCACUGCAUUCACGCGCUUCCAGGCUUCAUUGCAGGUGUGA